GAAGUGGAAUCACGUGACAGGGUGUGUGUAUGUCAGGGGAAGCAGAUCACGUGACUCUCCCCAGCUGCUCUGCAAAGAAGAGGGCGAGGAAGAGCCUGCCGGCGGGUGACUAUAUUUGUCCCCAGCCAUGGCAUCCCAGCGGCAACCUUAUGCUGAUACAGCCCCAAUCCUGACCCAAGCGGAUGAUACAGAGGAUGAAGAAAAAGAGGGGCUUCAAUCAGGACAAGAAGGGGACGUAGAGGUAGAGGCCCUCACGGGUAUCUCCUCUGUGCAUGCCGGCUUUAUUGUGGGCGCCCUCUUCUAUAUCAACCUGCUGAAUUACAUGGACCGCUUCACUGUGGCAGGUGUUCUUCCUGACAUUGAGGAUUUUUUUAAUAUUGAUGACAGCAAAUCCGGACUUCUGCAGACAGUUUUUAUUAGCAGCUACAUGGUAUUGGCACCAAUCUUCGGCUAUCUGGGUGAUCGCUAUAAUCGCAAAUAUCUGAUGUGUGUCGGGAUCUUCUUCUGGUCGUGUGUGACUUUGGCAAGCAGCUUCAUCCCUAGUCAGUGGUUCUGGCUUUUGCUGCUGACACGAGGCCUAGUGGGUGUGGGAGAAGCUAGCUACUCAACUAUUGCCCCCACCAUUAUCGCUGACCUGUUUGUGGGUGAACGGCGAUCCCGCAUGCUCAGCAUCUUCUACUUUGCCAUACCUGUGGGCAGUGGAUUAGGCUACAUUGUGGGGUCAAAGGUGAAAGACCUGGCUGGUGACUGGCAUUGGGCCCUGAGAGUAACUCCAGGUUUGGGCUUGGUGGCUUUGGUGUUACUGCUAUUUGUGGUACGUGAACCCCCUCGGGGUGCUGUGGAGACACACUCAGAUGCCCCCCUGCAGUAUACUUCAUGGGUAGCCGACCUGAGGGCCUUGAGCCGCAAUCGCAGUUUUGUGCUGUCAUCACUAGGUUUCACAGCAGUGGCCUUUGUAACCGGGUCCCUAGCGCUCUGGGCCCCAGCGUUCCUGUUCCGCUCGUGCCUGGCCAAUGGAAGUCACCAGUCUUGCUCCGCUGACUCAGACAGCUUCACCUUUGGCAUCAUCACGUGUGUGACUGGUGUGCUGGGUGUUACUUUGGGGGUGGAGAUUUCCCGGCGCUGGCAGCGCACCAACCCUCGUGCGGAUCCUCUAGUGUGCGCCACUGGACUGCUUGGCUCUGCUCCCUUCCUGUUCCUGGCAGUUGUGUGUGCUCAGCACAGCAUCGUUGCUACUUACGUAUUUAUUUUCAUUGGUGAAACUCUCCUUUCCCUGAACUGGGCCAUAGUAGCGGACAUCCUCCUGUAUGUUGUCAUCCCCACACGCCGAUCUACAGCAGAAGCUUUUCAAAUACUGAUGUCCCAUCUCCUCGGUGAUGCUGGCAGCCCUUAUCUCAUUGGCUUGAUCAGUGACCGAAUCCAGCGUGAUCGCCCCUUGUCAUACUUGUCAAAGUUUCGAAGCCUUGAAUAUGCUCUUAUGGUCUGUGCGUUCGUUGGAGUUAUUGGAGGAGGCUUCUUCCUAGCCACAGCUUGCUUUGUCCAGGCAGACCGGAAACGUACAGAGCUUUUUGCACAAGGGCAGUUACAAGAGUCAUCAGAACGUGAGGAUCGCAUUGUUGUCCCCCAACGUGGCCGAUCAACCAAAGUCCCUGUCUCCAGCGUCCUGAUCUGAGUCCCACUGACUUGCACCAUGUCCCUCUAGUUGUGGAUGGAGAAGGAGACUGGACUCAUGGCUUCCACAUCCACCAAAUAUGGAGAGAUAAGGACUCUCUGAAUGGACCCAGGAGGGUGGUCUUUGUGAAUAGCAACUUUUUUGUUGUUGUGUGUGGGAUUUUUUUUUAUAAAGCACAAACUUUA